GCUCCACUUCUCGCCGAGGAGGCGCACACAGUUUCUCGCUAUCCUCCUUCACCGCUCGUAAAAAGGGGCUGGACCAAACACGCGGAAAGAAAAGGCAAAACAUUUUUUUUUGACAGCAUGAACAACAGUUUCCUCAACAUGGCGUCGAUAGGAGACUUCGACCCGCUCAACGCGACUAUCCCUGCCACCAAAGUUGAAAUCACAGUGUCCUGCAGAAACCUGCUGGACAGGGACACCUUCUCCAAAUCAGACCCAAUAUGUGUUCUUUACGCACAAGGCAUGGGCAACAAGGAGUGGAGAGAGUUUGGGAGAACGGAGGUGAUAGACAACACGCUAAACCCGGACUUUGUGCGGAAAUUCAUUUUGGACUACUUUUUUGAAGAGCGACAGAACCUGCGAUUUGACUUGUAUGAUGUUGACUCGAAGAGCGCCAACCUGUCAAAACACGAUUUUCUGGGCCAGGCCUACUGCACUCUGGGAGAAGUGGUUGGAUCACUGGGGAGUCGCUCGGAAAAACCUCUUGGGGGCAUUCAAGGGAAGAAAUGCGGGACCAUCAUCGUGAAAGCCGAGGAGCUGAACAACUGCAGGGAAUCAGUGAUGAUGCAGUUCUGCGGGAACAAGUUGGACAAAAAAGAUUUCUUCGGCAAGUCCGACCCCUUCCUGGUUUUCUACAGGAGCAACGAGGACGGCACGUUUACCAUCUGCCACAAGACAGAGGUGAUCAAGAAUACGUUGAACCCAGUGUGGCAGGCCUUUAAAAUCCCCGUCCGGGCUCUUUGCAAUGGGGAUCACGACAGAACAAUCAAGGUCGAGGUGUACGACUGGGACAGAGAUGGCAGUCAUGACUUUAUCGGGGAGUUCAGCACCAGCUACAGAGAACUAUCCAGAGGGCAGAGCCAGUUCAACGUCUAUGAGGUGAUAAAUCUGAAGAAGAAAGGAAGGAAGAAAAAAUACCUCAACUCUGGAACGGUAACGCUGCUGUCUUUCCUGCUGGACAUUGAAGUCACCUUCCUGGACUACAUCAAAGGAGGGACCCAGAUUAAUUUCACCGUGGCCAUCGAUUUCACAGCUUCCAAUGGUAACCCAGCCCAGCCCACCUCUCUCCACUACAUGAGUCCCUACCAACUGAAUGCUUACGCAAUGGCCCUGAAGGCAGUGGGAGAAAUCAUCCAGGACUAUGACAGCGACAAGAUGUUUCCUGCACUCGGGUUCGGAGCCAAGUUGCCGCCCGACGGACGGAUCUCCCACGAGUUUGCCUUGAAUGGGAACCCUCAGAACCCGUACUGUACGGGGAUCGAAGGCGUGGUGGAGGCCUACUACCAGAGUCUGAAGUCAGUUCAGCUCUACGGACCCACCAACUUCUCCCCUGUCAUCAACCAUGUGGCCAGGUAUGCAGCGUCAGUGAAGGAUGGCUCCCAGUACUUUGUGCUCCUUAUCAUCACAGAUGGCGUGAUCUCAGACAUGGCACAGACCAAGGAGUCUAUUGUCAACGCCUCCUGUCUGCCGAUGUCAAUUAUCAUCGUGGGGGUGGGCCCCGCAGAAUUCGAUGCCAUGGUUGAGUUGGACGGCGAUGAAAUCAGGAUCUCAUCCAGAGGGAGAUACGCUGAGAGGGACAUUGUUCAGUUCGUCCCGUUCAGAGACUACAUCGACCGGACGGGGAACCACAUCCUGAGCAUGGCGCGGCUCGCCAAAGACGUCCUGGCCGAGAUCCCCGACCAGUUCCUCUCCUACAUGAGGACCCGCGGGAUCAAGCCGUCCCCAGCGCCGCCUCCCUACACGCCGCCGGGGCAGCCCAUACAGACCGAGAUAUGAGGAGCCGAGGAGAAUCAUGUUUCCGAGUCGGGGGUUAGCUGAACCCACCGUGCGAAAUACUUCCAAUCUCCCUGAAGCCGCUCUCUAAUGCCUUGUCGUCGUGGAUCACGGUGUUUUUUUCUCGUGUUCAGGAAGCUGCAUGUCGGGCCUGGAGAGUGUGCUUUGGAGGACAGGAAAAGCCAAUGAGAGUCUGUUUACUUCCACCGUCAAGCAUUCCUGUUAAUGUCUGGAAUUUUGUUUUUUUGAUAGAGUUGGAAGAGUCUGAAUGCUCCCUGGGAGGAUGAGAAGGAAUGAAUGAAGGACAGCUUUGGAAACAUUGUGAAGAGAAUGUCUCCAGACAAAUCAAAGGAAUCACUUGAUCUUUUUUCCUGUAAAUAACCGGACAUGUGUUCUUUCUCUUAUCUCUCUCCGACCCACUCAUUGUUUACAGUAAACGCUAACAAGGAUUUUUACUGUUGAUACUUUUAUAUUCACACAGUUUCUAUAUGAAGCUCGAUAUAUUCUCUCUCGCUCUCUCUCGCUCUCUCUCCCUCUCCCUCUUUUUCUCUCUCUCUCUCUCUCUCUCUCUCUCUCUCUCUCUCUCUCUCUCUCUCUCUCUCUCUCUCUCCUGGUGUCAGGUAGCAGCAGUGCAGGUCCUGGUAGCUCUUCUGUACCGUACCGUGCUGUACCGUACUCUAUUCUUGUGUUUCUAUUAACCUUUUUGCAUGAGUGUAGCCUCGGUGAAGUGCAUGCAUAUACUGUAGUAUCCCUGCACUACCUCUUCUACCCAUUUGUCUGUCUGUCUGUGGGGGGGGGUGAGUGUGUGUCUGCCUGUAUCUCCAUUAGUCACCUCACCCUCUCUGUCUGUCUGCACUGCUCUCAGGUCCGUCUAUACAUCUCCCUUUUGCAGCUUUUCUUCCAGUCUUUAGUUUUCACUUUUCAUUCAAAAAUGUCACACAAGUUAGGGUUAGGGUUAGGGAAGCCGAAAUAGAAAAUGCUUUUUUUUCUUUUUGCUCAUCAGUAAAGAAAAGGGUUUUAUUACAAAAUGUAAUGAUAAGCAAAGAUUUCAAUUGAAAUGCAGAAUGUUUGCCCUACUUCCCAGAGAUAUGGUGUCAAAUGUCUUUUAAAAGACAGCAUGUUUAUUACUAUUAUUCUUUUCAGGUGCUUUUUUUAUAUAAUCCUGCUUUGCCCUUGGAAUGGCAGUUUCAGCUGGCCUCUUCGGUCCACACUGAAAUAUAUUAACAAUCUUUUUAAGGAGUGCCAUAAAAUAAAAUAAACGGAGCAACAUUAACAAGACACAGCUGGAGAGGGCAGGUAAAGACACAAGGGCAGAAAGGAGAUCACACACAGGGGGAAACAGGAAGUCAAACCAGACAAGACACAAAGAGAAAGUUCAUUUCUCUUUGUGAUCAUGACACAUUCAUGUUCCCCUGAGGAUGAAUUGUAAAAUUUCGCUUAUCCUCUGAUUUUUCAUCUAGCGCUAUCAUCAGGUUAUAUUUUGUAUUUGACUAAAUGCGUGCAAAACUAAUGACAUGUCCAUCAUCCAACUUUAACAAACAAAUGUUUUACAUUUCAGAUGCAAAUUUGUUUUCUGUAAUGAUGAAGAUGAUGAGCAAUUUCAGUUUUUUCGCAUUUUAUAUAAUUUGUGUCAUAUUUAUUUGAUUUCUGAAUGCAUGACUCUCUCCUGUCUCUCUCCCUAUCUCUUUCUAUCUGUGUCUAUGUUCUCCUCCAAACUGCCUUGGCAAUAUGAUGCCCACGUGCCCAGGGGUUUCGUCUCAUUGUGUCGUCCAACACCACGUCCCCGCCCCAUGUUUAAAACGACAACAGCUGCUCUCAAACUGAAUACUGUUUGAGCAUCAAGAGCCCAAUGGUCAAAAAUGCAGAGAAAAACACACCUUUUUCCCUUUGUUGGCUUUUUGUUCCACUUUUUGCGUUGUGUACUUUUUAUUGCACCUUUAGCUUUGAUAUAGCUUUUAAAACCUUUUUUUUUUAUGACGUGUAUUUUUUAUGUGCCAACCAUGUGUAAGAGGAUGAUUUGUGUGAUUCACUGAGGAUGUCUUUAUCAUUUGUUCUAAAUGACGCCUAAUGAAGGUCUGUUUUUGUCAUGAAUGUUGAGGGACUGUUCAGUGUUUCAAAGAGUGGAUGUGUUAAUGAGAUUUGUGAAAAGUCAUUCGAUUAAAUGUUUGAAAUGUCUCCGGUCAUGAUUGAAUUACAUGCAAUUUAAGCAUUGCAGUGAUGUUAAAGCUUCCCGUAAUUUUGUUGUAUCAACACCCUACAGUCUUAAAUUAUAGCACAAACAUUAUCAUAUUUUCUUUUAAUUACUGUAAACCUCAUGAUCAUCCCAUAAUCUGCUGAUUACUCUGAUGUCUUAUCAAUAGAGACUUUUCAUCUAUUAUCAAUCCAACACUAGUUACAGACGUCUUGAGUGUGUUUCAAAAGCAAAUGUGUCUUUGAUAUACAAUUUAUGUGCUGAGUUGCUGCUACCGGCUGCACUCAGGUCUAUUGCAUAAUUUUGGCCAUUUUUCCAGCAGUGAAAAUUAACAUUGUGGCUCGAAUUUAGGAAAAAAACAUGGAAAGUGACACUAUCAACCCAGAUGUCUUAAGACACUACGCAGUGAGCAAACCUUAACUGACAUUUUCUACAUUUUCUUUUAAAUCUUACAUCGCUGCUUUCUCUAGCUUGAUAUAAUCUUUUUUUUUUUCUUUACAGUCCUGUGUACUGUAGUAGCCACUGUAGCAAAAUUGGACUAACUGUGUGUUUGCUUAGCCAGUGGAGUCGUGUUCCUGCAGCCACCCACUGUGUUCACAGCGUAGCGCGGCACAUCAUUAGGACUGCAGGUCAUUCUACGCAGCUCAUUACUGCCUCAGCAGAUACACUGUAAAACUGUUAGGGAUCCAGCACUGCGGGGGUCAAACAAGACAUUUCUUAGAGUCAGCUAAGUGUUUGAUGUUAGUGCUUGGUGACAACUUAGCAUACAUCCCUUCUGGUGGAGACACAUUUCUAUACAAAGACUUUUUAAAAAGCCUGUUGAUAUAGCCACUGUUAACACUAAUUACGGCUACGGGGUUAAUAUUUAACAACUGUUAUUUUAUUGGUUCAAUGAGAAUAUUCUACUCAUCAAAGUAAUUGCUAUAUUACUGGUAACAUGUACAUUUCUGAAUCAAACUGACUGAUUUGUCAGGAAAACUCUGUCUAAAGUUAGCUAUCAUUAGCUAGGCAUCUAGCUAACUCUAUCUAACAUUAGCCACUGUAAGCUAGUUUACAUUCCAGACCAAGAAAAGCUGUAGUGGUAGUGCCAGUGAAAUGUAUUGCUUAUGUAUUCAACUUUGUAAGAGGAAGAAUGUAAUUUCUUCUUUCAAAAGUCUCAGAUAUCUUUUUAAAGAUGAUCCCAACAAAAACAAGGGAGAAAGGUAACGGAAAAUGUACUCAACUUUUUGACACCUUCAAUGAAGCUUCCUAUAAAUGUAUUUAUAAAAUCUUUGAAAUUAUAAUUGGCUGACCAGAUUUAAACCUGGGAGUUGUUGUUACAUGGUGGACCUUUUUAUAAAAACAGCCUACAGGAUGUCCCUGUCUUGCCAUUUGAAUGGCUAACUACCUCCUGUUUCAAGUCACAUGGUCUUCAGCAAAUCAAUUUCAGGGUAGGAAAAUACAUCUCUUACGUCAUGCUCAUCUCGCCAUAAUUAAUGACAACAAUCAUAGUUUUUAUUAGUUUUACUUAAAAUGUUGGCCUUUCUUUGCUUUCAUACAAACACAUUAUUGCCAUAGUCAUUGGUGCCUGUUAUUUUCUGUUGGUCUGCUUUGUGUGGACAGAAAUUAUUAGUUAAACUCAUUAACUUUGCCCCUAAAAGUGUGUGUACGGGUGUGCAUGCCUUUGAUAUAAAUAUUCUUUGUGCGUGUGAGCGUGUGUGUGUGUGUGUGCCUAUGUGUGGCACCUUUUUAUAAGAGUGUUUUAAUAGACAAUGUGAGGUGUUAACACACAUAAGAUCUUUGUUUACUAAAGCUAUCCAAAUAAUAUAUUGUAUGCUCGUCAUAUCUUCUUAACAACGUGCACUAUGUUUGCAUGUACAGUUUUACAAAGGAUGCACCAGUUCCUUUUGUUGAAAACUGGUUGUAUUGAAAUAUAAAAAUCUAUAUGAUAAUUAACUGUACAAAAUGGCCUUAAAUCUUUCACAGAUUUUCUUGGAAUUGUGCGAUGCCUUCUUCAGAAAAAUGAAUUGUUUUGAUGAAUUAAUUGUUAUAUAUUUUGUGUCAGUGUUUCUAUUGCUUUUUAGUGGAUUUUCUUUGCACAAGUUGAGUUAUGGAAAAAAUAAUGAUCUUGUACUUUUUUGAAAACGUGAUUAAUCAGAGAAAGCAUGGCUGAAGUACUGAUUGUCUGAUAAUACAUAUAAUAGAUGACUAUUUCUGUAUCAAACUGGAUUUUUAAAUAAAUAUUCAUAUCGAACACAA